AUGGAUGUAGAUAAUAUACCCAUAAAUCCUUCAAAACGGUUGGAUUCUUACGAGUUGAAGAUAGUGGAGUUUCACAGAGUACUUACAGAAAGCUGGAGGCAUAACCCUUUCUAUAAAAAUACGGUAUAUUCUAAAAUUCCGUCGACAAAUCAUGAAUGCAUAGCUUCCAGUAAGUCCCAUCAACGUGAUGAUGAUAUAGACCACGAAUUAGAUAUUAUAGUGAGAGAUACAGAUUCUUCAGCAUAUCCAUAUGAAUUGUUAAGGACUGAUAACAUUGGAUUGAUUUCAGUUGGAACGGAGACUACCAGAAAUGUGAAACAAAGGCUACAUGCUAAGUUGAAGACCAUGGAAAUAAAAGAAGAAAAACUUCGGGAUGAUAACCAAGAGACAGGUGAGAGCUUGAAAAGGAAAGAUGUAGGAGAAUUGGAUUUAAACCUAUUUAAUGAUGCGGAUGGGAUGCAAAUAGGGGAUUAUAGUUAUACAUUUUGCGAAGAAGAGGAAGAUGAAAAUGAAUAUGAGUCUGAGUACAAUAUUUGA